CAGAGCGGAAGGUUGUCGCGUCGAACCCUCGCGUGGAAAAAGCUUCUGGGCCUGACUGUGAUUAGUGUUUUUCUUUGUGUUAUAUUUGUUUUUUUGUUUUAGGAAUUCUCCGUUCAAAAUACAGCUGGGUGUGUGGCAGGCGUCAGCGUUGGUUAUUGUCCAGACAAGAACGCCGAAUUAUAAUAAAAGGAGAAAAAAAAUACAAGAAGUGAACAGGAUCGAGAAGAAGAAACGCAAAGAAAACGACAAGAUAAUAAACGGAGAAAAGCGGAGACAUAGAAAACGACGACAUAGAAAACGGAGACAAAAAAGUUCGUUUUGAGGCGCCAUCUUGAAGCAAAACAAGACACGCUCAUUACAAUAAUUAACACCAAAUAAGUAAAAAAAAAAAAUAUAUAUAUAUAUAUAGGUCAAAGGUUAGACAUAAAAAAAAUAUAUAGGUCAAAGAUUAGACAUAAAAAAAAUAUAUGCAGUUGAUUUCGUUGCUGGCUAGAUUUGAUACUUCAGUCUCUGCAACGUUCGAGACACCGCAGGAUCUUGCAAAAUGUUGAAUGAUUUAUGUAACUCCCUCCUCUGGUCAUAUCAAAAAUGGGGUGACAUCGCAACGCUGAACCUGACCCUGACAUCUCGAGUGCCUGAGGAAAUGCGGCACAAAGUCCCUUCUCACUGGCAGCAGUUCGAUGCCCCCCACCCGUUGUGGCAGCCCAUCCUUGGCACCCUUUACAUUAUGAUAGGCUCCCUCUCGGUCACCGGAAACAGCAUGGUCCUCUGGAUCUUCGGCACAACGCGGAGUCUGCGGUCAGGCACGAACCUCCUGGUCAUGAAUCUCGCGCUCGCUGACCUGUGCAUGAUGCUGACCCAGUUUCCGGUGCUGGUCACGAAUUGCUACAACCAGCGAUGGACUCUCGGCGCGCUGGCAUGCGAGUGUCCAGAGAUCGGGCCUAUUAUCAGAGGUUACACUUUCGAAACGCGUCGCCAAAAUGUCUCGGUACCUACAGUAAUGUCCUUUUAUUUUUCCUUCCUCUUCAGCUGUACCUUCGACUACCUCAACGAUGACCUCUGGAGUCGUUCGUACGUGUUCGUGCUGUUCGUAGGGGCGUACUUGUUGCCUCUCGCGAUCAUCACGAUUUGCUACGGGCGUAUUUUCUCGUCCGUCUCUCGCCACGACCAGAAGGUGGCCAGGGAAAACGACUUGGGAGACCUGAGCUCCGUCAAUUUCCAUCGAAGGGAGACUCAACUAGCACGGGUUGUGAUCAUUUCCGUGUGGUUCUGGGCAAUGGCUUGGACACCCUACGCCGUGAUUUCCCUCAUGGGCAUCCUGUCAUGGCGCGAGAACCUCACUCCUCUGGCGUCUAUGCUCCCCGCUCUCUUCGCCAAACUCUCUACCGUCUACAACCCUUUCAUCUACGCCGUUUCGCACCCGAGAUACCGGCAGGAGCUUGCCGUGAGGUUGCCUUGGCUCUGCUGCCGCUUGCCGAUAGAGAGGAGUUAUUCAAUGUCCAGGCAGCGAUCUCUCACGUCUACUGUCUCCCGAACUUCCUCUGUGAAUAAUUACAGGUCGGUGCGGGAGGUGUGCAGGAGCAAUGGACAGCGAUCCUUCCGGAAUUCUUCUAAAGCUGACGUAAUGAAGGACCUGCCUAGUCUGGACGCCCUGAUUUCAUCAAUGGGAAACGAGGCAAGCAAGAGGACCAACAAUACUGACCUGUAAAUGGAUGAGUAAAGAAUGAGAUGAAUGGAAAACAGGCUGAAUCAACCGGAUGAAUUAGGAGCAGGAUUGGGAACAGGUUAAAUGGAUUAGAUGAAUGAGGAACAGGUUAAAUCACUGCGAAGAGCUAGUUGAAGGCUCCCAGAGAUCGUGUACGUUCUAUGUAGGUAUGCAUAUGCAGUGUGUGUGUGUGUGUGUGUGUGUGUGUGUGUCUGUGUGUGUGUGUUUAGAGAGAGAGAGAGAGAGAGAGAGAGUCAGACAUUUUCACACAAACAUUGAAUGGAAAGAGAAAGAAAAUUGCAUUUAUUUCGCACUUGUUCCUCCUCCGUCGAAAAGCAUCAACCAUCCUAAUGGCAUUUGGUGGCAUUCAAGUUGAAGAAUAGCAAAAGGAAAAUUAUACACCAAGAACCAUGAAAUGAUGUCCAGCCCUACAAUCCAGUGUCUUGAUAUGGUGACCGCUGUAUGGAAUGUAAACCCAUUGAUGUAUGCGUUUUGCCGGGAGAGAAUUCCACAGAAGUAGUAAUUUAAAGGGGAAUAUAUGCAUACCUGUGUGUAUGAGCGUCUGUGCACGCACGAAAAUACAUAUAUUUUAUAAUUAGAGAUAUAGGCGCGUGUGUUAGAAAGAGAGAGAGAGCAAAAUAAAUCUAUUUCAUAAUACUCAGUAAUAUUCUCUGCAUAUAUCAUCAUUAAUGAAUCAUGCAAGAUUUUCCUCAUAUAAUUUCUGUAUCACCUUAUUCCUCUAUUUUUGUAGAGUUUAGGCAUUAAUUUAUUUAUGUAGUAGAUUUUCCUUCCGCUCCAUAAAAAUGUAAGAAAAAUAAUAAUGAACGAAAACGAGUUAUAUGUGAAAGCUAUUCAGGCGGGUUUGGGCGACCAAUCUAUCGCAAGCAAUUUUGCUCGAACUUGGUUAAAAGCAAUCUUGAGGAUGACUCGGUGAUCCAAUAUUAGAAAUUAUUAGCACUAAUAAUGAUAACAAUAACAAUAAACUAACUCAAAGUUUCAUCUCGAUUUGUUUCAAUAUUACAAGCUUAAAUCCGCCUUGAGUAAUGGAGUCACAAUUCUUUGUUAACUAACAUGUGAUCUUUUAGUAAAAAGUACAAUGUGUGCUAAUGUAUUUAGUUUCGUUGAGGUAUGUAAAUUAUUGUGGAGUUUACCAUUGCUGUAUGGAAACUACCUUAUAUUUCUGUGUUAGUCAGUAUGUAUAUAUUUUCAUAAAAUAGAUAAUCAUGAAGAUGGUAUAUCAUCUAAUCAUAAGAACACACACUCCUUCAGUAGCUGGUAUUUGGAAAAAAAUGUGUAUAUGUGUGUGUGUAUAUAUAUAUAUAGAUAGAUAUAUAGAUAGAUAGA